CACUUUUGAGCGGUGGCGUCCCAACAGUGCACGUUUUACUUUGUCUUCUUUUAUGAACAAAUACUAAUUUAAAGUUUGGAAAUGUCUCUUCAGCAAACAAACAUGACAAACCCUGUUGUUUUCCUUGACAUCAUGAUCGGAGGGCAGGAUGCGGGUCGGCUGAAGAUUGAGCUGUUCGCUGAUAUAGUGCCAAAAACCGCUGAGAAUUUUAGGCAGUUCUGCACCGGAGAGUUUCGGAAGGAUGGAGUCCCGAUUGGUUACAAAGGUGCCACAUUCCACCGAUUGAUCAAAGACUUCAUGAUUCAAGGAGGAGACUUUGUUAAUGGCGACGGCACUGGUGUCUGCAGCAUCUACAGAGGUCCAUUUGCAGAUGAAAACUUUUUGUUGAAGCACAAUGGGCCCGGCCUUCUGUCCAUGGCCAACAGCGGGCCGGGGACGAACGGCUGCCAGUUUUUCAUCACCUGUGCCAAAUGCGACUUUUUAGAUGGGAAGCAUGUUGUGUUUGGGAAAGUGGUUGACGGCUUGCUGACCAUGAGAAAAAUUGAGAAUGUGCCGACUGGACCGAACAACAAACCAAAACUCCCUGUCGUCAUCACAAUGUGUGGAGAGCUGUGAGCAGCAGCACUGAAUCAUAAGAGGCAACAGUUGUAUGUACAUGAUUUCCAUUACAGUUCAGAAUCAGGCAUCUGUGCUGAACUUUACAUCCAUUUUUGUAUCAGGUGAAAAUAAAUGAUUGUGAAUAAA